GAUCUUCGGCCACCGCCUCAGCGACCACCGGAUCAUCAGGAGCAGGUUUCGGAUCUGGAAUAUCCGGAUCAGGAUUCGGCAACGGAGCCGGUUUCGGAUCCGGCGCAGGCUUCGAAGGCUCAGCCAUUAAAGGCGGAUUCGGCACAGGCCAGUUCGGCUUCAGCCAGUUCGGCUCCAGCUCGAAAUUCACUGAAGGAAGCGCCAACGGUGGUUUAUUGCAAUCGGAAAUUAAGGGACCUAUCUCUAACAGCUUCAGCGCCACUUACUCCGAGAAGAAGGUCUUCCAGACCGAGCCUAAAAUCAUCACCUACACAACGAAACCCGAAAUUGUGACUUUCACUACCAAGCCCGAAAUCGUCACCUUCACGACUAAACCUGAAUACUUCACGUUUACAACUAAGCCCAAAAUUGUGACUUACACCACUAAGCCCCAGAUUAUCACAUAUGAAACCUCUGGCAGUGGAACCAAUCCUCAAUAUGUCGCUCCAGGAGUGACGUUCAACCCUUCCUUCGGUGAGGCAGCCGGUCUUCACAAACACAAUGCUCAAUGUAAGUGCCUUGAAAAGGGCAAGAAAUGA